CUAUCUGCAGGCUGAUGCACAGCUCGAUGCUUCACGAGGUAGCCGAGAAGAUACAUUUCUCAACAUAUUAAGUGAAGCUUCCUAUUACCAUGGAUAAACAGCCCACAGUGGUGUUUCGAAAUGUGGGACAGUUUUAUUUCCCCCAAACCAGAGUGGAGUGCCAUUAUAGUCUAACACCAGAGCAUCAGUGGAGCAACAAAGACUGGAUAGGGAUUUUUAAGAUGGGCUGGUCUUCAGUCAGACAAUAUUACACAUACUCAUGGGCUCUUGUCCCUGAAGGCUACACAGAGAGGACCAGUGUCAACUGCUGUGCUCAUUUUUAUGCAUGCUACCUGCCCCGUCCCACUGCUGCAGAGUACCAAUUUGUUUAUGUGGAUAAGAUGGGAAAGGUGUGUUCCCGUAGUCGUCCCUUCACUUUCUGUGCUCCUAAGCCGCUGGAGGAGCUGGAGACUCUGAAAGAGGAACAAGAUGAGGGGGAUGGAGAAGAGGAGCUGCUGCUGGUCAUCCCCAGGGCUCAGCUGCUGCAGACUCAGCUGGAGAAGUGUUUAGAAAAGCAAGCAGACCUACAGCAAGCUUUUGAUGUUGCUAAAAAAAACAUAGAGAAUGAAAAAGAAAUCAUCCAAAUAGAAAGGAUUGAAUGGAAGAUGGAAAGAGACGCGAUGAAAGAGGAGAUCAUCGAACUCAGAGAGAACCUGAGACACAGCUGCGAAAUGAUGAAGAGAUUGGAGGAAAAACACAAGGAUGUGAAAUAUAAUCAGGAAAAUCUGACCUCUGAACUGAGUAAACUCGUGGCUGAAAAGACCGAAAAUCAGGAGCAAAUCAAAGAUUUGGAGGAUGACAUUAAGGUUCUGACUGACAGAGAAAAAGAAGCAAACAAUGAACUUGAGAGGCUCAAAGAUAGAGUAAAGAAAAUGUCCAGUCAAAUGAUGCACGAUGAGGAAAAGAGGAAGUCUCUGCAGAUGGAGGCAGAAUCCUCUAUAGCUGAGGUACGGGGACUGCAGGAGCGCCUGGAAGCCAGUGACCAUGCAGCUGAGUGCCUGCGACGAGAGCUAAGGGAGCUGAGCACCCGGCAGAGCAACACCCAUGCUGAGCUGCACCAAGCCAGGCUGCAGGUAGCUCAACUUACCCUGCAGCUGUCCAAGGAGGACCUGGUUCUCAGGGAGGAGAGGGCCAACUCAGCCCUCGAGAGAGAGGCUUACAAACAUGCAGCAGAAACUGAUAAAAAGAAGUUCCAAGAUCUGACCUGCGAGCUGGAGAGGAAAGAAGAAUGGCUCCAGGAGGAGAGGAUGGAAAGGGACAACCUGGAAGCAGAGCUCGGAAGAGAGAAAGUGCUGCUGAGUGAUGCCAAACAAGAGCUACAGGAGCUGAAGGCCAGUCUGAGAAAGAUUCAGAAAGAAAAAGAGGAAGAACUACUUAACAAACAGGACCUGGUGAACUACGUUCGACUGUUAGAGCAGAGGCUGGGGAUUGCCCCACAAACUAAACCAAGCUGUGUCUCCCAUGGCUCUUCGUCUGAGGGAGAUGAAGAUGCUCCAGAAGCUUCCCCAAGAUCACUUUCUUCACCUCUUUUCCUGUCUGAUCAGCUGGGGCAGCCAGACAAAGCCAAGACUCCGACUGAAACUCACUUCCAGAUUCGGAGCAAUGAGAUAGGCUUUGAUACACAGGACGAGCGGAAGCAUCGCUGUGAAACCCGAGCUGGGGAAGAGAAGCAACUGAUCAUACCAGAACUUGUCAACCCCGUCCUGAGUGAACUGGCUGACUCCCCCAUGUGGUAACUCAAGGAAGAAUGGAUGGAUGAAUGGAUGGGAGGUCAUUUCCACUGAAAUAUUAAAUUAAGCAGGUUAAAAGAAAACCAAAAUCAUCUAGUAAGCAUUCUCAUUUUACAGAAAGCUUCACCAAUGUCAAAUUGAACUCUUUCUAGAGUUUGUCUGAAGUAUCCAGAUUUUUAUUAGCGUGGCUGAUAGUUUCAUUUCUUAGUUAGAAUAACUUUUUUUAUAUUUAAAUUCUUAGAUGCAUCUUCAACUUUCUCUGAAUAUCUAUCUACAGCACUUGAAAUACUGUGAUUUCAAGCCUGUGAGCUGACUGUAAUGUGGGUUGUGUUGCAACUGUUGUGAGAAAUGUGCUUCAUGCUCUGAGCUUUGCAUGUGAGCGUGACUCCUGAGACCGUGUCGAAUGUGUGGGUGUGUGUCACGGUCAAGUGUGAAAUGGCCUGUUUCAGCUCUUUGAACACUGUAAGGUUGGAGGAACACUACGGUUUGUUUGUGAUACUUUUUUUUCCUGAUGCAAGCCUUUCUUAGGAAGGUAUGCCUUGUUAAUUAAAUAUGAAUCUA